AUGGCCGCCAUCAUUGGAGGAACUGUGGCAGGAGUCGCGCUUCUAGCUCUCCUACUAACCUGUAUCAUAGUGCGAUUAACUCGCACAGGACAAAGAUCAUCUGUGACCCCUUUCAAUCUUUCCUCAACUGCACAGCGCAACAUCGCCGUUCCGAGUCCUCUGAGCGGUAGAGGCACAUUCAUCAUCCACCCUGAACAUUUCGAUUCUUGUACCACACAGAAUUCUAGGGAUGGAUCUCCGUCUACCCCGUCCCGUGUCGAUCCCAUACCAUUUCAGUUAUUCAAUGAUAGUAGCACCUCUCCGUCCACUGUUGCAAGGCGCCGACGGUUCUACGAGCUAGAAAAGCUGCAUCCGUCUUGUGCCCAUUCUCCAGAUGUGAUUGUUCCCGAGAGCCAAGCGAAGAGCUACCAGCUUACCCUCGUUCGAUGGCUUCUUCGAGAAGCAGAAAUGCAGAUCAUGAUCAUGAUGUCCUUCCUAGCUCUCAUCCUUCCUUAUAAACACUAGACACUCUCAUGGACACUUUCGCAAUGCAUUGGUCGUCAGGAUCAUGAACGAUGUAGCAUUAUCUUGUAUCCUUGUCGUCGGACUAGUCUUCCCC